UUUUACAAAUAUACAUCUUUAUAUAUUGCUUCUUUACUCCCUGUAAAAAUACUGCCCUUCAUCGGAUACUUUGGACAUUUCUAUCAGAAACUUGUGUAACCUUCAUGAAAAUUCAUCGGUAUCGUACCCUUCAGAUGCUGAAAUGUAGGUGAUGGGAUCAAUUAAUACAAACACCGUACAGCCAACGCUGACAAUAAUGUAUUAAUUGCAAUAAUGAAUUAAUUGUAUGAAAUAUAGAAAAUCAAUAAAGUAUCAUAAAAUAACAUUAGACAUACUCAGUGAAUUGGAAGAUCGGUUAUUUUUUGUGGGACACACAGACGUGAAGAAAUAACGAAUUUGCCAGCUGAAAUGAUUUCGAAAAACCUAUCUGGUUUAAUUUUAUGGUCCAUAAUCGUUGGUGAAACAGUUGCAGUUUCCUUCGUCAGUAAAAACGAGUAUAAUUCUACUUUGCAAGUAGCCACCAAGAGCGGUAUUAUACAAGGAACCCAGGUUCAUCUGGAACAUGGAAAGUCCUAUUUCGCAUAUUACGGUAUACCAUAUGCUGCUCCACCUCUGAAUUCCCUGAGAUUUAGGGACCCACAUCCAGUAAAACGAUGGAAAGGUGUAUUAAACGCAACGACAAAAUUGCAAUCCGGGUGCGUAGAGACACAGUUCAGGAUUAUUGGCGAAAUAUUCCAAUCACGUGGUACAGAAGACUGUUUAUAUGCCAACGUUUACACACCUAUCAGGAAGUCCAAUAAAAGCAAUUACCCGGUAAUAUUCUACAUCUACGGUGGUGCUUUCAUUGAAGGAUCUGCAGAAUCGUACAAUCCUGAAUAUCUAGUUGAGCAUGAUUUAAUUAUUGUCAAUUUCAACUACAGAGGGGGAUUGUUCGGUUUUCUGAGUACUGAAGACGAAGGCUCUUAUGGCAACUAUGGCCUGAAGGAUCAAUUUGCAGCACUUAAAUGGGUGAAUCUGAAUAUCAAAAGUUUCGGAGGUGACCCUAAAAGAGUGACAAUGGCCGGACAUAGUUCCGGAAGUGUGAGCGCUUUAUACCAAAUGAUUUACCCAAAAAGUUGGGGACUGUACUGUGGUGUUAUAGGAUUGAGCGGCGAG